CACUUUCCGGAACAUUUUGUGCCGUUUCGGGACGGUUUCAUGUUUUAUGUUUUGUUUACGUUUAGCCAACGUCAGCCUGGUGGCUCACGACUCGGUCGUCCUAUGUAUUGCUCAAUUGCAACUUGAUUUUGCGGCCCCAUGGAUUUUUUACCCUUUAAUGUCUCGUCAUUAAAUAAACAAGUAAACUGUUUAUUGUGAGUUUUUUGGACAUGGCGAGGCAAGGGUUAUAUUUAAAAGUCCAUAUUCAGGACAGCACAGUAAAAAAUCCAUCAUCACCACAACUAGUUGCGGUUCCAUUCCUGAUGUUUGACACAUUGUGUCCAUCGAGCAGAAUUACAGGGCAGUGUGAUCAUCAAAACAGCACCCCUCCAUUAGUCAGCUAUUUCCUCUUUGCUUAUAGACAUUAACAUUGUAGGCUUCCCACAUUAUGAUUUUUUGUAUUGACUUGAAGUACAACAUUUAACAGUAGAUGUGUGAUGUCUGUGUAUAUUUGACAUACUUUUAUUGUCAACAUUUUGUUAGCAAACUUUUAGGAACAUUGUAUGUACAUUUAACAUACAUCUAAAUCAGAUAUCAUUGCACCAUCAUUAUUAUUGCCCAUCAUUUGCAUGUGAUUUUAUUGGGCAUUUAUCAUGUUACAGUAAGUCAAUUUGAUAAAACGAAACGGGUUUUUCAUGCAGUGUAAUUUUUGCAUAGUGCAUUGUUGAGAUAUAUAAAACGCAGGUUUUUUUUGUGUGAGUACAUGGGCAUAUUACAAUUGUGGUAACAAUUCAGUGAUAUUUCAAGUACAUUUUCAACAAAUUUGACUCAUGAACUUUGCUGAUAUUAACAGUUCUAUGUAUGUUUAUGUUGUGAAAACAGUUCUGUGAUUAGAAUUACACAUUGUGCACAUUUUUAAUAUCAACCAUGUGUGACCCAAUGGAAGAAAUUAUCAAACAGGAAGAAAAUGUUCCUCGCUACCCUAGUCGUCAAAAAACCUUAACAGAGAAGGGAAAUUCUUUAUACGAAUCUUGUGUACAAAAAUUGACAACUGCAUUUGAUCGCAUAUGGAAAGAUAUUGAAACAGAAAUUUUUGAAUUUAACUCAAAGGCCACAGAUAUUGAACCACAUGUGAUGCAGCGAUAUGAAGAUGAUGUUUCAUGUCUUCGUCAGGAAUUUGUGGCGUCGUCUGAUAAUUUGGUGGAAUUCCUGAUCAGAACAAACACUGCAGAAAGUUCAGCCGAAAGAUCAAGACACCUUGAAGUAUUUUCUAAGAGGAAGGGUGUUGUGGAUCGGUUCCUGGCAGCUAUUGCUGAUCGCAUUCUUCAGACCGCAGAUGAUAUUUCCCAACGGAUGGCUUCGGAAUCCACGUAUACUAGUCGCAGCAGCAAGAAGUCAACAUCAUCACAGAGCCGAUCAGCUAUUCUUCUUAAAAAGGAAAUAAACGUUGAGAAACAAAGGACUCGCCUAAAAUUUUUAAAACAUGAACUGACCUUAGAAAAAAGAAAAUCUCAGCUCGAAAUGGACUUGCGUCUACUUAAACAGGAAAAGGAAACCGCUGUGGCAGAGGCAGAAAUGAAAGCUGCAAGAGACCAUAUAGAGCUAUUAGAUUUUCAUGCAGUACUGAAGGAAGAGCAUCAUUUCCAAAUGCCAAAGGAGGAUAUUAUGUCCCAUUUCCUGUGAUCAUUAGAGGGUCAGUCAUCAGCAACCUUUGCGCAGUUACCACCACCUAAGUUCAUUUCAACUCCCUAUGAGCAUGGGCCUAAGGUAAAAUCCCCUCAACCUCAGAUGCCAAGGAAAACAGCUCAACCAAAUCCUAACGUAGCUGACUUUACCUCAUUUUUGCUUAAAAAGGAUCUACUUACCUCAAGGUUUAUGUCCUUCACUGAUCAACCAGAAGCAUUUACAGCUUGGAAAACCAGCUUCCAAGGAAUUCAUCGAGAACUACGAGCUUCACCUGGCGAAGAGUUGGAUCUUCUCAUUAAGUGGCUGGGGACAGAGUCUAAAAAAUUUGCCAUGACAAUGAGAACAGCUAAUCCAAAGGAUCCUGAGAAGGCAGUUGAUUUGAUAUGGCAACGUCUACAAGAACGUUAUGGCAGUGGAACUUGUAGAAGCAGCCUUGAAAUCAAAACUAGACAGAUUUCCAUUGGUUUCUAUUAAUGAUGGCAAAAAGCUUUAUGACUUAGCGGAUCUGCUAACAGAAAUUGCUGCAAUUAAAGAGGAUCCUACCUAUGCAACUCUUUUGUCGUACUUCGACUCAUCCAGUGGAAUCCUACCUGUUGUGAAAAAGUUACCGAUGAACCUUCAAGAGAAGUGGAUUACAAGAGCUGCAGCCUAUAAGAGACACAGUGGACUACCACAUCCUCCAUUCAAGUUUUUUGUGGAAUUCAUCGUUGAAAGUCAGAUAAGAAAUGACCCUGGACUUUGUGUACGGGAAAGAAAUAAGGAAAACAUUCAACGCAGGGUACCGGUAAUAAAUCGAAAGACAGAUGUAGAGGUUGACAGUAGAGAGAGAAGAAAGGAAAGCUUAGACCCAUC